AUGCCUCUUCAAACCAAACUUGUUCCCAGCAAGAGGCGACGUGAGGUGACCCCAGAUUCCCACUCCCUCCCUUCUACUGUCAGCUCUGCUGAGCCUCCAUCGAAUAUCUCUGUCAGCACCGAAUAUCCUUCAUCCCCUGUUGCUGCUGUCGAGGAAUUAUCCCAUAUCACCUCGAAUCAGCCGCAAGCUACUGCCAGCCCGUCCGAUGAUUCUUCACCUGAUUCCGACAAAAAACUCACUGAUAUGCGCCCCCUUCAUCCUAGUGCGUCCGGAACUUCACCACAUAAUCCUCUGAGACCCUCAACGGACCCUGUUUGGUCAUUUCAAUCCGCCGGAGUCUCAGGUUCUUCCUCACCCGGGGUCACUUAUUCCGAAGAAUAUCAUGACUGGACCACCGACCCAAUGGGUAUGUACACAUAUGAGGAGUAUGCGCGUAUCCUGGCGUCUGAACAACUUAUCCCGCGUGAACUGGCCAGUUUCUAUACCGAAAAUCGUGCUCAUAGGCUGACCGAAGAAGAAGAAUUGGUUCCCGUUUCAACUAGUGAGAUCGACGACAUUUUUGCUGCGAUGGAUGACGCCAAUGCAGUAAUGGAGGCAUUCCGGCCUCCUGAACUUCCCAUCGUGGCAAUCGGCUCUGCCGGUCCACCUCGACCUUGUUCACCUCCAGCUCCUCUGCCUCAGCAUCCCCCAGCUCGAAGAGAACGCAGUCAACCUCCUCUUAUUCAAGCAAUUAACUUUCAGCCCGUUGCUGCUCAGACUGCCACUUCUGCUCCCCUUCAAGCUGUCUCUCACACUCCUCGGGAAAUUUCAACCCCCAGCAACGCCCCGGAUGAGACUAUGCAAUCAACGAAGCAAGCAAGUCAAUAUCUAACCUCGAAACUAGCUAGCCAGAGCUUGGCCAAGAGACAUAUCCCGAGUCUAGAGCCAUUCACCGCUGCCCCAGCCGCAACUCCAGCUUCGAGCCGUCUCCAGAGCGCCUCAUCCAGCACCCAGGCCGCAAGCGCCGAACCAUCAUCUCGCCGAGACUCGAAAAAGAAAGCCAAGACGGAGAUAGCUACCCCUCCGUCUGCAGUCGCUAUUUCCCCACGCCACCUGCGAAGCUCCGGCGUCAAGCCCAGUCCCAUCAUCAGGAAGGGCAAGGGCAACCCGACACCGGUCUCAUGGGAGGCCGCCAGCACGGCGGACAAGAUGAUGUCGCAGAUGAAGGACGUUGCAGUGACCACGGCGAUGUCAUGGGCUGACAUCGCGGUGAGAUGGAACAAACACCGGGAUGCGGAUGCUGAAGAGAUGACCUGGCGGGCACUUGGCAAGCGAUACGGUCGGAUGAAGAAACGGAUUGGCGUGUGGCCCGGUUUUGAUGAUGCCCUUCUGGAAGCUGUGCAGGCAUAUUCGGAGUUGACCACCGAGGCCUUUGGGGAGAUUGCUGUGGAGUUGUCGGCAGAGUUUGGCUGGAAGAUUGGCCCCCUGGUUUGCGAGGUCCGGUACGAUGACCUCAAAAAGCUGGGCAAGGUGGAUGUGAAGGGAAAGGGGAGAUCCCAGCGAAAGUAG